AAAGAAAUGACGUCAAAAUAAUGCGCCCUGCCGCAGCAGUCUGUUGACAGACCUCUUGUCUCAAAGGUCUCAGCAGAUUUAUGAUACAGUUAUGUAUUUACUUUUAUAGCAAAUUGUCAGAACGUCAGGUGGUGUAGUUUCUGCAGCUGAACAAUCACGAACUCCCGGAAGUAAUGAUGGCUUACAUGCAGAUUUUGAACGCCUUGCACAGAAACCUGCAACACAAAGCGACGCUGGUCUCUUUGCAGAAAUGUAAACUUGUUCAUGUCGACUUGCUCGUCCACACGCGGAGGACAGCGUCAACAAUAGCGAAACGGAGCGUGCUCAAAACACAACCUGCGUCAUUCGCACAGACAAGGAGUAGUAUUUAUGUGGAUUUUACAGCCAGAAACAGAAGCAGCCCCGAGGACAGAGACAAGUCAGUGUCCAGGUAUCAGAGUGGGAGCCCCAAGCUUUCAGCAGCACAGAAAGUAAAAGAUGCAGGGAGAGACUUCACCUACUUGAUUGUUGUUCUCAUCGGACUUGGAGUUACAGGUGGGCUGUUAUAUGUGGUGUUCCAGGAGCUAUUUUCCUCAUCAAGCCCAAAUAAAGUUUAUGGGAAAGCCUUUGAUAAAGUUAAAUCCCACCCAGAGGUGAUUGGUGCAUUUGGCGAGCCAAUCAAGUGCUAUGGUGAGACCACCCGACAAGGACGGAGGCAGCAAGUCAGUCACAUGGAGUACCUGAAGGAUGGACUGAAGCAUAUGAGACUUAAGUUUUACAUUGAAGGUUCAGAGCCAGGCCUCAAAGGAACUGUACAUACAGAGUCAAAAGAGAACCCUGAAACUGGAAAAUAUGAGUUUCGUUAUAUAUUUGUGGAGGUGGACACCUACCCCAGGCGGACUAUCAUUGUGGAAGAUGAUAGAUGAGCCAUCUGCCAACUCACUGACUCAGCAUUAUGAACAUGAACGGCUGCAUUUUGAAAAUCUGAGGAGCAGGAUUUGUGUGACUGGAUGAAAUACAUUUUCUAAAUUCUAACUGCUCGAAAUAAUUUGACAAAACACAACAAUGGUUAGUAGGAAAGUCUGCGUCCCAGAUGUGAAAUUCGAAUUUGUCAGUUUUGUGCGGUGUAUUCAGAAAUUAAUCAAAUGUGCUGAAAUUUGAUUUGUUUUUAAAUAAACCAAUGUUUCUAACCUUGAA